CACCCAUCGUUCACCAGAGUUUACAUGGUAUCUAUUUAUUUAAAAAUCAAAGGCCAGGGUUUUCGCUUUGAAUUUUACUCUUCCACAGUGGCAGCUGGGCCCAGUUGGGCCAACUGACUAACCUCAACCUGAAACUCUCCGCCAACGCGAACGAUGCAUAGCGAAUCAUGAUGUAAUUGCCACAGGCCCACACGAUACAAUUCUUCAGGAGUUUCCAAUCUAGUCCCGCUUCGGCGGCAAGGCGCGCAACCAUGGCGCUCCCAAAGCAGGCGAUGGCUCAAGCGGAUGCUAAAGUCUUCGAGCAUGCGGCAGUCAUUAGCAACUCGGAAGUAGCGACAAUCCUCAGUGAAUACAUGCGCCAGCGGAGAGAGGAGAAGCCCUCUUUCCAGCCUCAGCCCCUGGUGCAGAAGACGCUGGAAUACGUCCAGAAAUUCAACUGCGGGACUAACCCUGAGGCCGUGCAGGCCAUGAGAAACUACAUGGAGAACUUCGGUUUGAAGCCCUUCGAGUGGGGCCUUAUCGCCAACCUGAUGCCGGAAGACACGGACGAGGCCAACAAGCUCAUACCCAGCCUGGUGGACAACCCGGAUGACCCGCCCGAGGAGCACCGGGGCUUCCUGCCCGAGGAACUGGACCGCAUGCUGGCGGAGCUGCAGAACCUACGACACGCAUGAAGAAGUGGGGGAACAGGGAAGGGGCACUGGGAGGAAUGGGGUGGGGAUAAUAAUGUUAAUGAUAUUUAUGAUAAUAUGAUGAUGCUGAUGCAAGAAGUAAGAAUCAACUUCUGACGCGGAAUGUGUAGUGAAGGUAAAGGGACCGAAGCGGGAAGCGGAAAGGGAUGGGGAGAAGGGACCGUGUUUAACGGCGGCGGUGGGAUGUUGCUACGUGUGCAAGAUGGAGGGGGGAGGAUGGAGAACGGGCGCGAAGGCUUCAGGUUUGCAGUUGGCUGCAUGCGCCGUUGGGGGAAUGGGGCAGGAGCAGCCGCAGCAGCAACAGCGUAGUCGGGGGCCAGUGGGCGGGUGGAGGUUUUUUUACAUGCACGGCUGCCUGUCUGUUUGUCUGCACAUCCGUCGUGGACGACCCAUUUGUGAAGUUUUUUUCAUGAUGCCAAGUAGGCUUUGCGAGUAUUGAUUUCAAUGUAUGGUGUAAGUGACAUUGUGGG